AUGGCCACCCAGCUCAUCCAGCGCGCGCUGCCCAACCUCGACUUUCCGGUCCUCUCGUACAUCAACUCGCUCUUCACCACCUCGUCCGCCGAAUCCGACCCGGACGACGACCCCGUCAGCUCGUUCAUCCGCCCGCUCCUCGAGUCCGAGUCAGCCAACCCCAUCUCGCAAGACGAGAUCGACCGGAUCUGCACCGAAUGCGCCAACUUGUGGCAGCAGCUCGGAGGCGGGAAGGGCAAGGAGGCGGCGGGCAGGGAGCCGGCCAAGCUCGAGGUCGCGCUCGACAUGAAGCGGCAGGAGAUGAAGAGUAAGCGGCAGACGGUUACGCAGGUCGUCGACAUCGCGUCGGUGGUCAAGGCGCGCGAGUCGCAGGUCAACAUGAAGGCGCUCGAAAAGGCGGAAGCCAAGCUGAAGGCGAAGCUCGAGAAGCGCAACGCCCGCUCGCUGUACGAGGGCUCGAAGCUCAUGCAGGCGCAACAGAGCAAGAAGAGCUACGAGGAGCUCUUCUUGGAGGUGAACCCGCUUCAAGCUGUCGGGUCGGGCAAGGGCAAGAGCAAGGACAUCCACAUCGAGGGCAUCGACCUCAACUUCGGCUCGAACCGUAUCCUUUCUGGCGCGACACUCACUCUCCCCUAUGGUCGCCGCGCGGGUCUCAUCGGUCGCAACGGUAUUGGAAAGUCAACCCUCUUGCGCGCCAUGGCUCUCCGAGAAGUCGCUAUUCCUCAGCACAUCUCGAUCCUCUACGUCCAGCAAGAAGUCGUCGGCGACGAUACUCCCGCCCUCGAAUCCGUCUUGCAGGCCGACGUGCACCGAACGCGCCUUAUGGCUGAGGAGAAGGAGCUCAACGAGCAGAUCACGCAGCAUGAGAAGGAGGCGGAGGAAUUGGCGGCUGCUGCGAGCGGCGCGAGCGAUGAGGAGCGCGAGAAGCAGCACGCCGAGUUGCGGAAACUCGAGCGGAAGAAGGACGAUGCGAUGGCGAGGAUUGGCGAGGUGCAGAAGUUGUUGAUCGAGAUCGACGCCGACUCGGGUCCGUCGAGGGCUGCAGAGUUGCUGGCGGGUCUCGGUUUCUCGAAGGCGGAUCAGGACAUGCCGACGAAGGCGUUCUCCGGUGGUUGGCGCAUGCGUCUCUCGCUCGCUCGCGCGCUCUUCUGCAAGCCCGACUUGCUUCUUCUCGACGAGCCGUCGAACAACUUGGACCUCAACGCCCUCGCCUGGCUCGAAGACUACCUUCAGACCUGGCCGUCCACGCUCCUCGUCGUCUCGCACGACCGAUCCUUCCUCAACGCCGUCGCGACCGACAUCAUCCACCAGCACAACGAACGCCUCGACUACUACAAGGGCAAUUUCGCCCAAUUCUACGCGACCAAGAGCGAGCGUGCGAAGCAGCAGCGGAGGGAGUACGAGAGUCAACUGCAGUACCGGCAACACUUGCAGGCGUUCAUCGACCGGUGGCGAUACAACGCCAAUCGGGCGGCGCAGGCGCAGUCGAAGAUCAAGAUCCUCGAAAAGCUUCCCGAGCUUACGCCGCCCGAGGAAGACGACGUCGUGACGUUCAAGUUCCCGGAGACCGACAAGAUCUCGCCGCCACUGCUGCAGCUUACGGAUGUCGAGUUCGGCUACACGAAGGAGAAGAUGCUGCUCAAGGGCGUCAACAUGGAUGUCGGCCUCGACUCGCGAAUCGGUUUGAUCGGUGCUAACGGCGCAGGAAAGUCGACCUUGAUCAAGCUGCUCAUCGGGGAGCUUCAGCCCGUCCGAGGACAGCAGAGCCGCAACGGUCGCCUUCGCAUCGCUUACUUUGCUCAGCAUCACAUCGACUCGCUCGACCUGAACGUCAACUCGGUCGCGUACCUCCAGCGGCUCUUCCCCGGCUUGACGGAGCAGCAGUAUCGCUCACAUCUCGGAGCUUUCGGUAUCACGGGCAUGACCUCGCUCCAGCUCAUCGGCACCCUUUCCGGAGGACAGAAGUCGCGCGUCGCCUUUGCCGUCCUGUCCAUGUCGAAGCCGCACAUCCUCCUCCUCGACGAGCCGACCAAUCACCUCGACAUCGAAGGUCUCGACGCGCUCAUGGACGCGCUGAACGUGUGGAACGGCGGUGUGCUCGUCAUUUCCCACGACAGCACGUUCAUCCAUACCGUUUGCAAGGAAUUGUGGGUGUGCGCCGACGGCACCGCUCAGAAAUUCUACGGCGACGUCGACGCAUACAAGUCGCUCAUUGUGAGCGGGAACAAGACGAUGCGGCCGACGCAGGUUUGA